AUGGCAUUUUUUAAGAGCUUCCAACAGAGCCUGCCCUCUAUGUCGUCCAUCCUGGAAUCGGUGACAGAGACAGUGGACGACCUGGCCUUCGCGCUGGGGGACGUCACCUAUACGGUGAGUGACCAGCUGGCCGAGCAGGUCAAUAGCAUCAUCCACAAGGUCCAGGCUGAAGAGGCUGAACGCCUGCGAAAGAUCGAAGCGGCGGAGAGAGAAGCCGCCGCUCGGCAGAUCCUGGAGAGGCAGAGCGGUAGCCCGGCCACAGCAGCGACCAAUUCGGCCUCCAACCCAAACAAGACCGAACUUCAGUCCCAGGUUUCGCCCGUCCGCUCUCGGGACCCGGACGGCUACACCACAGAUUACAGCACAGGGUCAGCGUUGUCCACGGAGACCUUCUCCACCGGCAGUGACCUCUCCCAGCCAGUGGAGAGCCCAAGAGGGAAACCGAACCAAACGAGACUUAAAAACAGUUUAGGUUCUCCCUCGGGGAGCAGAGUGGAGAGAAAGAAGGUUCAGUUUCAGCAAAAGAGCUCGGGUGGCAAAAACCAUGGUGGGUCUGUAAAGCAAAAAACUCAGGGAUCUGGGAAGAUCCAGACAGCCAAUGGUGAGAAAGCCAACUCUGCUCCUCACUGUCAGUCAUCUAGCACAAAGUCCAGGUCCAAAAGAGAGAAGAGUAGGAGGCAAGGUGGUCCAGAAGGCCUGCAUGAUAAGAGCUAUGUCGAUGAAGAUUUCCAGGGCUCGUCGUCGGACAGUGAGGAUGAAUUGAUGGGGCAGUACCAGGAGGCGGUGUGUCGUUCUCAGGGCCUCCGCGGAGGGGGCAGCGGUGGUCGAGUGAACACCAGGCACCCAAAGGGCUAUGGCUGGGAGACACAACAAAAGUACAGCCCUCUGGCCGCCGAGUAUGAUGGCUACAGCAGCGAAGCAUCAGCUGAGGACGUGAACUGCAUCCAGCGAAUGCGACGGACCCCACCUCUGGAUGAGCUCCAGCCACCACCAUACCAGGACGAAGAUGGUUCACCGCGGAUGUCUUGCACUCCCUCCGACCUGGGCGAUGCCAAAUGCGAACUGUCCCGAGCGAGCGACAGUCCCCGCCACUCCUAUGGCAAAUGCCCGAGUGAGGGCAGCGCCACCCACGACAACGAGAGCUACCUCAACAAGGCCUACGAGGAGGAUGUACCCAGUGACAGCACUGCCGUCCUCAGCCCUGAGGAUAUGUCCGCCCGUGGCUCAGCAGCACAGCUUCCCAAAGGCUACGAGCCGGAGCCCGUGGCCCAGUACGGUACGCUAGACGUGGUGUUUGACUACGAUUCCGACGAGCAGCGGCUUGCCGUCACCGUGACGGCCGUGACCGACAUCCCGCCCAUCAAGAGGACAGGAAACGUGUCUUGGCAGGUGCACCUGGUGCUGCUGCCCACCAAGAAGCAGCGGGCGAAGACGGGCAUUCAGAAGGGGCCUUGCCCCGUGUUCACCGAGACCUUUCGUUUCAGCCACAUCGAAUCGGAGAUGAUUGGUAACUACGCUGUGCGCUUCCGCCUUUACAGCAUACGGCGCAUGAAGAAAGAGAAGAUCCUAGGCCAGAAGGUGUUCUACCUCACCAAGCUCAAUCUACAGGGGAAGAUGUCUGUGCCUGUAAUACUGGACCCCUGUUGCACUGUCCCUGGCAGUGACUCACAAGUUAGUAUCUCAGAGAUGUCAUGCAGCGAAAGCGCCUCCUCCUUUCAGUCGGCAGGUCAGGGCUCAGCACCUGAGAUCCUUCUGGGUCUGGUCUACAACGCUACUACUGGACGCCUCUCUGUGGAGGUUAUCAAGGGGAGCCACUUCAAGAAUUUAGCAGCUAACAAGCCACCCAACGGGCUGUUCUGUUGUCUAAAACACUUGAUAGGUGGGCAGGUUUAUAUAAUUAGAGACACAUACGUCAAGCUGACCUUACUCAACUCCAUGGGCCAAGAGAUGUCAAAGUGCAAAACCUCCAUCUGUCGCGGCCAACCCAACCCUACCUACAAGGAGACCUUCGUCUUUCAGGUGGCGCUCUUUCAGCUGUCCGACGUUACGCUCAUCCUCUCCGUCUACAACAAGCGCAGCAUGAAACGUAAGGAGAUGAUUGGCUGGAUCUCGCUGGGUCUGAACAGCUCUGGUGAAGAGGAGCUCACCCACUGGACACAGAUGAAAGAGUCCAAAGGACAACAGGUCUGCCGCUGGCACAGCCUGCUUGAGUCCUAG